AAAAAAAUGAUAUUAAAUAAACACAUUAGUUUGUACGUAGUUAUUCGUGUAGAAAAAAGAGAAUGAUAUACUAAUUCAAAGGAAAAAAAACAACAACAACAAAAAUAAAAUUAUAAUACAUUAUAUAUGGAAACUCUUACCUAUUGAUUUGUCUUCUAAACAACAAAAUACGAUUAGCAAACGAGAAAAAAUAUUUUCAAGUUUUUGAUUUUACUAAUGAAUAAAAUAAUUAUAACCAAUCAAUUUUUUAUUUUAUUUUUCAACAAUAUGUCUGUGUACAAGAAUUUCUUUCUUUCGGUUUCUUUUCUGUAUUAAAAAAAAAGAUUUUAUUAAAAUAUAUACAAACAAAAAAAACAACAAACAAACUAAACAACAUGUUUCUUGCAUCUUGAUAUCUUCAAAUUAAAAUAAUAUCACAUAAGGUUAGUCAUGCUCAUUAAACUGCACUCUCUACCAUAUACACACAUCACACACACAUCAGCAUCAUGUAAAAGGUUUCAAAGUUUAUUGUUCGAUUUACUUCUAUGUACUUCUACAGCGACCGUGAGCUGGAUUUAAGCAGAAUAAAGACUCUUUAUUAAAGAGUAUAUCAAGAUGAGUGUCGAGUGUAGAGAGCGAAAGAGAGAGAGAGAGAGAGAGAGAGAGAGAGAGAAAGAGAAACAGGCAGACGAGAGAAGAAGAUAGAAUUGUGAGAGAAUUUUAAAUAAGGCAAAAUUACUAUGGAUUUACUGAUCAAAGUUUUAAAAAUAAAAAAAAAAUUAGUAAAACAAAUCUACACAAUGACUUUCAAACAAAAACCAUUUAAGCCUUGCAUUUUUAUUCAAUGAGUUUCCGUUCUCUUCAUUCGAAACGCCUUCCUACAACGCAUUUUUUUCACCGUCAGCAGCUCUUAUCUCUACGAAGAACUAAGCCCUCUCCAUGCAAUAAACGUGAUUCAAGAGAUUUCAAUAACACCGACGUCGGCAUAAAAACGUACGAUUUUUUUUCCGUAUUCUUAACUUCUAGUUGAAUUUGCAGAAAUUCGCAGAUUUGCAAUAAUGAUAAGUUGAACGCACGCAAUAUGUGCCCAUUGUACGCUAUUGGUUUAAUUAAAAGAAAAUUACGCGUAGAUCAAUAAAACGUAAAAAUAUCUCAUUAAUAGGCCAUUAAAAUAAGGUAGGAUUUGUUUCUGAAGAAGCGUUCUCUUAUCUCUGUAAAUAGCAUCGAAAUCGUAUUUCUCUUUACAUCUGACACAAUCUAAUCAUUGAUUUAUCAGAAUCUUGAUAUCAGUUUCAUCGCUCGCUUUAAGCAGCCUCACACUGUUCCCAAUUUGAAUAGUCGCCCAAUCUUCAGUAGUGCCGCACCCGUGAAAUAGUUUAGCGCGUCCUAAUACGUUGCGGAUUGUAAUAUUAUCCAUUCUCGUGAUUUAUUUUCUGUGUGCCAUCAACGAAAGAAACUAUUAAAAAAAGAACUAUGCAGUGUUUGCCAUUUGAAUUUAUGACUGUUUGGCCCGAACCGUUUCUAUGACAACGAACCACAAUUUUACAAAACAAACGUUUUUCUCCACACAACACACACAAACACAUUCUGCUCACUGACACGGUUGAUUUCGAAAUUAUCAGUCAAAAAUGGUUCGCAUCCAGUUCGAUAUCUGCGUACCGAAUCAAUCGAUAAUGGACGAAAAGAAUUCAGUGAAUUUAAACCCGGGUGCACCGGGUACAUUGCAAGAUAUUUCCUAUAAUAUUGUUCAAGAUCGAACAAAUUCCAAACAGGCCACUGAUAAUGGAACGAAGGAGCGCACAAUUUUCGUACUUGGCAGCAAAGGAGUGGGUAAGACAUCGAUAAUAAAUAACUUUUUGGAUCGAUCGGAAACGAUCAAACCCACAUUGGCACUCGAGUACUCAUUUGGUAGGCGAAACGGUGGACCUGGACAAGGAUUGCAAAAACAAGUGUGCAAUGUAUGGGAACUGGGCAGUCUGUCAAAUUCAGCGUCACUGAUGAAUGUGCCCAUAAAAUCGCAUGGAUUCGAAAAUUUUGCUGCGAUUAUCGUACUGAACCUUUUAAAUCCAGAUCGUCUAUGGGGUGACUUGGAAGCAGCUCUCAAUGGGUUGAAACAAACUGUUUCAACGAAUGCCAACAAAGAAGCGUAUGAAAAAUGGCAAAAAGCCUCAGUGAAACGAGUUGGAGCUAAUCAUCCGGAUUUGCCUACAUUGGAUCUAUUUCCAUUCCCGAUUGUUAUCAUUGGCGGUUACUAUGACAAAUUUCAAGAUUUUGAUCCAGUAAUCAAGCGACAUGUGGGACGUUGUUUGCGUUCAAUUGCACACGUAAUCGGUGCAGCACUCAUUUAUUAUUCAUCACAGCAUUCGGCAUUAUCGAAAACCGUUCGUGAUACGUUCAAUCAUUUUGGAUUCGGUUCGCCAUCGAAACCAUUUCGCUCGACCGUUACGGAUUACAAUGAACCGUUGAUCAUUUGGUUUGGUCAAGACUCGUGGCAGUCUAUUGGAAUUGGUCCAACCAAUUCAGAGCGGAUUGCUAUUACUUACGGUGAACAGAUUCCUCAAAUAAACACAGAUUCAAAUGCGGUUUUACCGGAGAAUCCGGCCAAAGAAUCAGAUUUCCGUGAAGCAGUCAUUGAUGAGCUACGAGCACAAAAAGAUGAAGAACUACUUCGAUGGAUAAAAGAUAACGAAUUCCGGAAUAAAUUCCAGGCCAUCGCUACAACCAAUUAAAAUGACUGCAAAAAUAUUCUUCUACAGCUUUAACACGUAGAACAAUUAUAUAGUAGAAACAAAUCGUAGCAAAUUAUUUAUUGCUGUUGGUUUAUUUUCAAAUCAAUUAUUUUAUUUAAACAUUCUUUUACCGUUAAAUCUAUAUA